CACAACAUGUGAGCAGAGCAGAGGAAAACAAAGCUGUCGCAUUGUUUAUCAGUGAGAGAGAGACAACACUAUUUCUUUUUAAUCCAGGACUUCACUCUGGCCUGAAUGGAUGACAUCUCUGAGAGUGGACAACUGCUCGUCCUCAACCAUGGCUGUUUUGAGGUCGGCCAGUCUCUCCGUACUCACUGGCAUGGUGCUGAUGAUGAUGAGAGGGCGAGCGACAUAGACAAACACAGAGGAGGGAGAGAGAGAGCAGCUGGAGCAGAGUGCUUCAUUAGAGGAGAGAGAGCGGAGGCAGCAGGACGGAGGAUGAAGACGUUGCUGAGGAUCUGAAAACAAACAGGUCGUGAUGGGAAACGCAGACAGUCACAGCAGCUUUGUCUCUCCUGCCAAGCCCUCCGGUUCACUCAGGAUCUCCUCCAGGAGGGAUGAGGUCACAUCAGCUCGCAGUUGGUGGAGGAGCAGCCAGGGGAGCUCCAGGAGCCGAGGGAGAAGCUACCUGAACCACCCUGCCACAGGCUCACCAUACACCUCCUGGCAUUAUGAACAGGCCCCUAAAGUGGCCAGAGGAAGCCCCAGGCUGAGACCUGGGUCUCCUCAGAGGUUCUGCAUGGGGGAGCAGAGUCAGUUUGGAGGGAGUAAUGGGAUUUGUGGUGAGCGGGGAUCUCUGGAGAGUGGUGGAAGCCCAAAGGUGCUCCUCAGCAAAGACGGCAGCAUGAGGGUGGAGUUCACCAAAGCUCGGGUCGUUCCCGUGGAGCCACAGAGCCUGAACAGGCUCCCCCCCAUGACUGCCACGAAUGCUGCCACAGGCCCGGAGGCCUCGCUCCGCACCAGCAACGGCAGCUCGCUUAGCUCUGACGGCUCUUGGUACGACUCGCCGUGGGGAAACAGCGAGCUGACCGAUAACGUGUUCGUCUGUGGGCACAAUGCGGAUAACAGCAGCGGAUACACCACCGCCACCAGCAGCAGUGGCUACAACACCUUCUUCUCUGCUCAGGGUGAGGACAUCUCACCUGGAUUUAACUCCACCCUCCUCUUCCCCACUGCAGAGACCAACGUGUUUACCGCCACCACCACAGGUUACAACACCUGCUCCUCUGGUCGGACAGAGGAUAGCGGCAUCGGAGACUCUGUGAUCCUGCAGCCGGACCUGAGAGACUUCAGCCUGAUUCCUCCUUCUGGCAUUUACAGCAGCCAAAACACUCUACCAGCCUUCCCCACCGACACCAAUACCAACCUACAGCAGCUGGGGACUGUCGCCUCCUCAGCAGCACUGCUGAAUGAUGUCAUACAGAAUGAGGAGGGGCCAGUCCAGGACAUGGAGGAGUGUUACUCCUCCUGCACAUUGCCCUACCAGAAGGUGGAACCCGUGAGCACCGCCUCUACCAGGAAUAACCGAAAAGACUUCCUGAAGAGCCGAAUCAGACGGCUGAGCGACUGGACAGGAAGUCUGAGCAGGAAGAAGAGGAGGAUCCAGGAGCCAUAUGGCAUCGACACCACUGAUGAUCUCAUUAAUGGACUGAACUCUGGGACAGUUAGCUGCAGCACAGUGUGGUCCACCAACCCUCUCCACCCCCUUAACCAGAACCAAUUCUUUCCAGUCCACUGUGGCUCCUCCAGAAGUCUGAACCAGAACCAGAGCAAUGAUGCCCAGCGUCAAAACAUCUAUGAAAACUUCAUGCAGGAGUUGGAGACAGGCUGCAGCAGCACAGCUGACAGGACGGAGCUGUCAGAGGGAGAUAGAGAAGAAGAGUUGGAAGAUGAGGGGGAGGAGGAGAUGGAUGGGGAGGUGGAGGUGGGAGGAGAAGAGCAGCUGGAUGUCCUGUUUAAGAAGGAGCAGGGUGCAGUGCGACGGGCCGGAUGGCUCUCUUUCAAACCUCUCAUCACCGUUAACAAGGACAGGAAGCUGGAGCUAGUUGCUCGCCGCAAAUGGAGGCACUACUGGGUCACACUGAAAGGCUGCACUCUGCUGUUUUAUGAGACUUACGGGCGGAGCAGCGGCAGCAGUGCUGAGCAAGAACUUUCUCCUCGGUACGCUCUGCUGGCUGACGACAGCAUUGUCCAGGCAAUCCCCGAGCAUCCAAGGAAGGAGCACGUGUUCUGUCUGAGCAACUCGUAUGGAGACGUCUACCUGUUCCAGGCCACCAACCAGACCGACCUGGAGAACUGGGUGACGGCGAUCCACUCUGCGAGCGCCUCAUUGCUGGCGAAGCGUCAGGGGAAGGAGGACACGCUGCGGCUCCUACGUGCUCAGAGCCGCUUGCUGCUCCACAAGAUCGACAUGGAUGGGAAGAUGAAGAAGAUGGCAGAGCUGCAGCUGUCCGUCAUCAAGGAGCCCAAGAGCAGGAAGGCGGUGGAGAGCCAGAUCCAGCAGUGGGAGCAGAAUCUAGAAAAGCUGAACCUGGAUCUGUUCAGACUCAGGUGUUACCUGUCCAGCCUGCAGGGCAGCGAGCUCCCAAACCCAAAGAGCCUCCUCGCCGUGGCCAACCGGCCCUCCAAGAUCACGCUGGGACGCUUGGGUGUCUUCUCUGUGUCCUCCUUCCACGCUCUGGUGUGCAGUCGAGACGAGGUGACGCUGCGGCAGCGCUAUCGGUCUCUCUUGGGAGGAAACAGGAGGAGAGGUCUCCCGUCCUCGCUGAAGGUUCUGGAUGGAUUCAACAGACGGGGCAGGGGCUGCAAACACUCAGCUCCCCAGAAUCUGGACUAUGUUCACAAACAGAUGGAGGCAGCGCCCCCUGCAGGUCAUACUGCAGCUCUGCAGUUGUGUGACGAGCAGCAGAUUCCAGCUGUCGGCAUCUUCACCCUGAACAUCUGUCUACCUGAUGGCCAAAAAGACUUUGGUUUUGCGGUGACGGGUUACGUGGACGGAGUGGGAAAAAGUCACGUGUUUGUCAGCGAGGUUGACCCGGUGGGACUUUCAGCCAAAGACGGCCUCAGGGCCGGAGACGAGGUCCUGGCUGUGAACGGGGUGGCUAUAUCUGGCCUGGACCUGGACCUCAUGGAGAGUCUCUUCAGACAUCGGAAGCUGCAGCUGCUGCUAAGGAGGGAUGAGUCACCUGACCACGAAGAACCCACCGGCAUCUGGCCUGAGCACGGCGACCCCUCCGACCCCAACUGCCAACCGCCGCCGCCCCUGAACCUCCACACCUGGACCAGAGGUUUCCUGCUAACAGACAGCAUCCCGCCUCCUGCUUUCGACGCGGCGGUGAGGACGCCUGAGGACGGUGAGCACUCAGAGCAGAAUGUGGACCGGGUCUACUCACUGUACCAGACCUUCCCAGAAGGCCGGACAGGAGAAGCAGAUGUCCCUAAAAACCCAUACUGCAGAGGGGCUGGCCUGCAGCCGCUGAGCCCCGCCCAACUGAGUGUGUGUCAGCGUCUGCGCAAAGUCAUCCAGGAGCUGGUCGACACCGAGAAGUCCUACGUCAAGGAUCUCGUCUGUCUUUUCGACAUCUACCUGACGCCCCUGCAGAAGGAGACCUUCCUCAGUAAAGACGAGAUGGAGGCGCUGUUCGGCAGUCUGCCAGAGAUGUUGGAGUUUCAGAGAGUUUUUCUCCAAACACUGGAGGAGAGAAUCGCCGCCUGUCCGAAUUUCAGCAGCCUGGAAACGCCCGAACAGUUCAAGAAACUCCUCUUCUCAUUGGGCGGAUCUUUUCUUUAUUACGCCGAUCACUUCAAGCUCUACAGCGGCUUCUGUGCAAAUCACAUCAAAGUCCAGAAAGUUCUGGAAAGAGCGAAAACAGACACUGCCUUCAAGCACUUCCUGGAGACCAGAAAUCCGACCAAUCAGCACUCAUCUUCUCUGGAGUCGUACCUGAUCAAACCUGUUCAGAGAGUCCUGAAGUAUCCACUGCUGCUCCGAGAACUCGUGUCCCUGACAGACACAGAGAGCCCCGAGCACGCACACCUCACAGAGGCGCUGCGCGCGAUGGAGAAGGUGGCGAGUCACAUCAACGAGAUGCAGAAAAUCUACGAGGAUUACGGCUGCGUGUUCGACCAGCUGGCUGCGGAGCAGAGCAGAGCCAACAAACAGGUGACAGAGGUCUCGAUGGGGGAGUUUCUGGUCCACUCAUCGGUGGUCUGGUUGAACCCGCUGCCCUCUCUGGGUCGCCUGAGGAAAGAACCGGAGCUCACUCUGUUCGUGUUCAAGCGAGCCGUCAUCCUGGUUUACCGUGAGAACAGCAAACUGAAGAAGAGGAUGACCUCCUCCCGAUCAGCUGAUCUCGACCCCUUCAGGUUCCGCUGGUUAAUCCCAGUUUCAGCGGUUCAGGUCAGACCAGCCAGCAUCACAGGCUCUGAGGACCCGUGUGUGUGGGAGUUGGUUCACAGCAGAUCUGAGGUGGAAGGACGACCAGAGACGGUGUUCCAGCUGUGCAGCAGCGGUUUGGAGACAAAGGCCAGCGUGCUGCGAGCCCUGCGGACACUCCUCAGAGACCGAGCGCCCGUGGGAUCCCUGAAGAGGAGCAGGUUGACAGCUGAGAGGAACGCCUCCUGGAGGAGGAGGCAGCAGCGCUGCUCCGACACCCAGAAGACACCUCCCCACCAGCAGGAGGAGAGCAGCAGGUCUGACGGCAUCCUGGGAGACACCUGCUCGGAGCCUCUGCUGCCGAGCCACGCCUCCACAUUCAGCACCUCCGCAGGGAUGAGGACCAGACUUUGCUCCCUGACUGGCGAACUGGAGGCACAGCUGCAGAGGCUCAACUUCAAAGAGGAGGAAGUUGAGCGAGGAGCAAUAUCUUGGAGCGAGGAGGAAAAAAAGAGGGGGAGCUGCAGCCUACAGCGAAGUCCUGGAGGAGAUUUGCAGGACCUCAGCAACCUGCUGGAGAGAGACUUCAGCAUUCAGAGCAUGACCUCCAUGAUCAGCGAGGACUGCUUCUAUGACCCCCUGAUGGGGUUACCAACGACUGCCGUGCCCACACUGCAGGGCCAAAGCUAACAUGCUAACGUGGGGAGGACGGUCACACUGCGACGAGUCGAACGAAAUCCAGACAAUCGUGCUGGAAGUUGAAUCUGUUAUCACACCUGCACUGCAGACAUGAACAUGAAGGUGCAUGCUGCAUGUGAGAACAGAUGCCAUCGAAUGAUGAUCAUUUUCCAGAGUGUGAGGCAGCUUUAUUUAGAGGUUCCUGUAGGUCAUCACAGGUCACCACGUCACACCAAAGGCAAUGCUGCCAGACUGGCUCUGAGAGAAAUCUGCAUCGCUUCAAGAAUUCAGGAGUUCUGGAAAUUAUCUUGUUAACAGUGUUUGGGAGAGCAGCAUUUCUCAGCCCUCUGAUUGGCUGUGAGACUGGUGAAACUGAAACCUCCAACAAACCAAUAAGGUCUGGAGGACAAAUGAGAACAGAUUUUUCCACAAGAGGAAGUCAAAUCAGCUGAGAUUUUUAUUCUCUUCAGCAUUUAAAGCUACUUUUAGCUCACACAUUCUUUAAUGGGGACAAAACCAGAAUAAAUAGCAGCAGAGAAAACAUCAGAGUCAAGCUAUUUUAAAUAAAGAGUCCAACAACCUGGAACAAAUUACAGGAAAAAGUCAUUAAAGGAAAAAUUGUCAUAAUUUCAAAUGUUCUGCUGUUGCUGUAAAACAUCACUUUAUUCUCAUCAUGUCGGGAAUUAUUUUUCCUCACAAAAUAAUUCAUUCAGUCUUGAGUUCUUGAAAUCCUAAUCUUUCUAAAAUUCUCAUGAUACUCGUGAUAUUUUUGUCCUCAAAAAGAAAUCAAUUUUUCUUUACAAAAUUGAUUUUCUUCCCGUCUUAAAUUUCAGCUUUUACUUAAUUAAUUUUUAUUGUCAUAAAUCUCAGAAAUGUGGUCUCUUUCUACAAAAGCUGCAUCUUUAUUAAAAAAAUCAGAAUAAUGUAAAAUUACCUUUAUUCAUGCACAAAAAGAAAAAGACAUUUGUUCAUCAGAUUCUUUUUGUCGACGCCUGUAGUUUGCAUGAAAGAUGCAAACUCUAAAAUUAUAAAUGUAUGCUGUGCUCAGAGUGCAUCACAGCUAUCUAAUCAAAGUAUUGAAAUACCUACACAGUUUCCUGUCAGAAAAGUCUAUUUUUCCUCAUAUAAAUUUAUGAUAAUUUGCUUUUUAAAGUUAAUUUUAUUUUCAGCAUAUUGCAGCUGUUUGUUCCAAAUAUUUCGACUUUAUGCUCAAAUUUUCUCUCUCAGAGGGUCUGAUUUAAAACUGAUGAAUCAUCUCGGGCAUCUCAGUAGAACUGCUCAUCAACCUCAAAGAAUAAACCGAAUAUUUAGUCUCAAAGACAAACUGCAAACCUCAGAGACAUUUUCAGAAACUGUGGAGUGUAUUUUUAAAAUGAUCCUGGAGUGCAGCAGGAAACCCGAUGAGAUGAGCAGUUGUGUUUUGAAGGAUCAAAGUGGAUUAAUUCAUCUCGCCUGACGUCAGAAAUUGAAGAACUUGGUGCUCAGUUCUUUUCACAUCUGGAUCCGGACAGCUUUUCAUUUUUAUUCUGGAGCAGGCCAACGGGUCCAAACGUUUUUGUGGCUCUCGCUGCCUGAGCUCAUCGACAGUUUUUAAACUCUCGUGAUGUAAAUAUUCUCCAUGUCCAUUUUGUAGUUUUCUAUCAGAUACAUUUUCUUGACAAAAGCUGUUUCUGGUAAAAAAUCUGGAGCUGCUGGAUCAAAGCCUUCAGUCGAGUUUUUGUAUUUAUAUAUUUGUAAUGUUUUGUGACCGAAGCACUAGAAAUGUCAGUGUUCUUAUUUUAAAUAAGCUCUUUGGGUUAUUUUAUAAACUGUUAAGGUAUUUGGUAAUUUAUUUUAUUAAAUAUUUGUGUACAUUUUUGAUGUUAAAGUAAAAAAAUAAAAUAAAAUUUAAUCAAAAGAUGUUUGAUCCUCAUGCCAUUUAUUCCAUCUCUGGACAGAUGGUACCAGCAUUAAGGCCUUAGGCUGGCAGGACUAGACACCAGCUGACAACUCCCUAACAAAUACUGGUUGCUAGGGGGAAAAUUUGUAUUCCCCAACUGGUUGGCAAGUGGUUGCUGGCUGUUGCUAGCAGAGACUGAGGGUGCUGCACCAAAAACCUCCUUCUGGUCACUUUGGUCGUAGAUUGCUGCAGUUGCUCGUAAUUUGCUCGUAGAUUUUGAACUACUCUGUGAGUGUUUGUGAGACUGUGAAGUAUCAGCAAACACAGUUGGCAAGUUCCCAGUUUGUAA